GCAGCAUGUCCAAAGCAACCACAAUUAAGGAGGCACUGAAGCGCUGGGAGGAGCGGGAGCAGCAAAAUUCCCUGACUGCCAAGAACAUUGAUCUGCAAUUCCAGUGGCCGCCCAUCGAGAAAAUGGACAGCACUUUGGGCACGCUGGUGCAGUGCGAGAGAAUCAGUAUGUCCACUAAUAUGAUUGAAAAGAUUUUCGGCUUAUCGGGCAUGAAGUGCCUGAAAGUAUUGUCUUUAUCACGAAACUACAUCAAGCAGAUUUCGGGAUUGGAGGCCGUAGCUGAAACGCUGGAGGAGUUAUGGCUCAGCUAUAAUCUCAUAGAGAAAAUCAAAGGAUUGACAGGACUUAAGUGCCUGAAGGUGCUCUACAUCAGCAAUAAUUUGAUCAAGGACUGGUCGGAGUUUAAUCGCCUGGCGGAGAUUGAGUCUCUCGAAGAUCUAGUGGUGGUGGGGAAUCCCCUAUCCGAAGGAUUAGACGAACCCUCCUGGCGGGCAGAGUGCAUCAAGAGGUUGCCCACCAUCCGUAAACUGGACGGAGAACCAGUCGUUCUUAAUGAGGAGCCACAGCUAUAAAUGCAUUCACUAU